CACAACUAUUCUAUUUUUUCCUCUUCUUGAUUUCAGAACAAAGGCUUCGCCCGGAAGAGCCACACAUUCCUGCCCAAGAUAUUUAGGAAAAUGUCUUCCCAACCCAAAGAGCGCCCCGAGAGUUUGCAGUUCCCCUUUUUGGAUGAUGAUGAAACUAUCACCACCAUCCGGGAAUCGAAAACGUUUUUUGUCCUCCGGGGUCUGCCAGGCAGUGGAAAGUCCACCUUGGCUCAAGCCAUCCAAGACAAAUACAAGGAUGCUUGCAAAGUCAUUUCUGCUGACAACUACAAACUUCAGCCUGCCAUCAGGAGCACCAUUCCCGACGAUUACAACAAGGUGGAUGAGGAUCUAGGCAACUAUUGCAAGCGUGACAUCAGCGUGGUGGUGGUUGAUGAUACCCACCAUGAACGGGAGCGACUAGAGCAGCUCUUCGACAUUGCUGACAAGUACCGCUACAAAGUCAUUAUUGUGGAGCCCAAAACACCAUGGAAAAUGGAUUGCUUGCAGCUCAAGGAUAAGAAUCAGUGGAAACUUUCAGUGGAUGAGCUAAAGAAGCUAAAGCCCAGCUUAGAAAAGGACUUCCUCCCCUUGUAUUAUGGAUGGUUUUUGAGCAAACGGAGCUCAGAGAACUUGCGGAAGACUGGGCAGGCCUUCUUGGAUGAGCUUGCCAGUAUUAAAGUCUUCAAAAAGGAGUCCAAUAAGCACUUUGGACAAUCCAGUGAAGAUCCCAAAAUGAAGUUUGACUUGACCAGCUACUUUGUGAAAAGGCCUCCAGGGGUCUUGCACUGUACAACAAAAUUCACUGACUUUGGGAAAGCCCCCGGAUCGGAUGACUAUGCACAGCAGGAGGCUGUGAAGUCAUCUUAUGGAAAAGCCUUUUUCCUGACCAUCUCUGCCCUCUUCAUCACACCAAGAACUGUCGGUGCCCGUGUGGAACUGAGUGAGCAGCAAAUGCUUUUGUGGCCAGGUGAUGUGGACGUCCUUCAGCCAGCAGUCAACCUCCCAAAAGGCAGCCGGGCCCACGUCACCCUGGGCUGCGCCAGUGGGAUAGAAGCGGUCCAAGCUGGCAUUGACCUCCUUGAAUUUGUCAAACUGGAAAAGGCAGGGAGCAAAGGCGAGGAAGUUGGGGAGAUUGGUGGUGGGAAACUCUUGUCCUGUGGGAAUGGCAUGUGGAUGCUUCUGCUUUCCAAAAAGAUUGAGGUGAGGGCCAUCUUUGGUGGGUACUAUGGAAAGGGGAAACUGGUGCCAACUCAAGGUGGUAGUAAAAGGGGGUCACCUUUUAACUCCUGCAUCAUCAUCUAAGGGCUCUUAUUGCCACUGCAACCUUUCCUUUUAUAGGAAGGUACUGUCACCUUUUUUAAGACCCCCCCCCCGCCCCCAAUAUUGUCCACCAAUUUUUGUUAAUUCUUGCCCAGCCAGGCUUUUCAGUGAUGCUUUUUUCUUAUACUUCAGGAAAUAAACCAGAGGCCUGGACACCUGUAAUGGAAACAUUAGUACUUUUUUAUAUCUGUAAAUUAAGAAUACUUGGAUAUUUAAAUAUUUUGGGGCAUUUUAAUGUAGAGAAAGAGCAGUCUUCUCCAGAGUUAUCCAUUUCUACUUGUAGUUAUUACAAGUCAGUGCCAGUUCCAGGUUUUGGAGGCCCCUUGGUCAAGACACUCUCAGUGGGCCCCCUCCCUCAGGAAGUCUUAACUUCUCGCCGCCGUGGUCACCAGCUGCUGUCGCUCCUCCUCCUCUUUCUCAUCGUUGCCACCACUUGCUAGUCUGACAAGCAGAGAGCCAGCAAGCAAGUAGGCCGUGGCAUCCACUGCUCCUACUCAUCACCUCCAUGGUUUGAGCCACAGCAAGAGGCAGGUGACUAAGCAGGUUGCAAUGCUGAAUAGGAGUAAUGCCAGGGGGGUCUUGGCAG